UGGUGCCCCCUCCUUUCUUCAUUUUAACUUCACUCCAAACACACGUUAUUUCCUUCUUUUCUUACAGUUUCUUCACGACUUCAACCAUCUCCAUUUCUCAUCCUCUAUAUCUAUAUGACUGACAACAAUAACUACAAACCAGUAUAAUUCCAAUAGUAUGGUAUAGGUAGGUUUGUGACUCGAUCUCACAAUCUAUUGGUUGUAAGUGGACGGCUCUCGCAACCGCCGCCAGACCAACACACUCUUACAACAUAUGCAUAGUCAAAAAAAUAGCCUUGUUAAAUAUAUCUUCUUACUUCAUCAGUUUGAGCUCUCCUGUAAAGCGAUUAUUGGAUUUAGAUGAGAAGAGCUGCAAUGUGCUUCUCGCUGUCACAGUUUCCUCGAUGUAGUGUUCAUACCUUGACUAACUCAUGGUGGCAAAGUUUCCACCAUAUAAGUAGGAUCGGUAGGGGAAGCAUUAGCUCCAAGGUUCUUGCCUCUGGUAAACAUGGGCUGGAUGGUAGAUAUAAUAGUACUGAGAAUAGACAGACGCUAACUACAAAAGCCGAAGGGAAAAACAAGGCUGCUUUUAGCAGAAAAACAACUAUCAAGCAUGAAAUAUUAGAUGAAACAACAACUUCUAAAGUAGACAUAUAUAAUUCAGAAGUAACUGAAAUAGGAUGUACUAAAUAUGUUGAUAUUCGACAGACAAUUGCUGAAAACAAAGAUUUGGCCAAACUCAUGACUAUUAUCAUUUUUGAUAUUGAGACUACUGGGUUUAGUAGAGAACACGAAAGAAUUAUCGAGAUUGCAUUGCGGGAUCUUCAUGGGGGUGAAAACAGCACAUUCCAGACAUUAGUCAAUCCUGGACGUAGUGUUCCGAAUUCACAUAUCCAUGGAAUUACUACUGGUAUGGUCAAUCGACCUGAUGUCCCCAGGAUGGGGGACCUCAUUCCCAUCUUAUUGCGGUAUGUAGGAAGCCGCCAGAAACCUGGUGGAUAUGUGGUGUUGGUGGCGCAUAACGCUCGCGGUUUUGAUGUUCCUUUUCUAAUUAAGGAAUUCAGUAGAUGUUCUUUAGAUAUUCCCUCAAAUUGGUUGUUCGUUGAUACUCUUCCUUUGGCACGUGAAGUCAUGAAGUCCGGAGGCACAAAGGUUCCUCCAAAAGUCUCUUUGCAAGCUCUUGGUCAACACUAUGGGAUCCCAUUAGUUGGUUCAGCUCAUAGAGCCAUGGUGGAUGUGCACAUGUUAUCAGCAGUUUUUCAACGGCUGACUUUCGACCUGAAGUUGACAAUCCCUUCUCUUAUUGAAGGGCAUUCCUUUUGGCCAUCCGAAGUAGGCAGCUCAAAGAAGAAGAAGAAUACUGGCUAAAUAUUAUAACCGUGCUCAGGUAGUCCAAGUAGUCAGCUGUAACAGAUUCUUUUUAGGGAAGUUUUUACUGUAAACAAGUGAUAGAAUUAGCUCAUUCUUCCAUUAAAAAGGCUGGUCAUAAUCAACUGUUGUUUAUGAGCCUUGGCAUUGAUCUUUGCCAUUCUUGUAUUUAACUUCUCUUUCCCUACUCAGGAAUUUGAAAAAUCAUGUUUCAUUUGCAGCUGUCAAAUGGUUUUCUUUGUCUUUA